AUUAAAUGUUUAAAGCGUGAUAAUACUGGCAUUAGCGUUUAACAGGCAACAGCUGCAAGUGCAACCAAAGAACCUACUGCAUUUUGCCCCGCCGUAAGCUCAGUUUUCUUAAUGUAUGAUAAAUAUUUAACUGGAAGUCUGAACCGUAAAUAGUUGUGACACCGACGGCUGAACAAUCUUGGCUGACCGCGUAAGAAGGGGCACUUGGACACUGGAGUCUAUAACUCGCCAUGGCGGACUACGGGCGAGGCGGACCAUCGGAUCGGGACCGUGGGGGGCCCUCCACAGUGCUUGUCGACACCCGCAACCCCGGGUUUGAAGGCUACGGGUUGAGAGACCUGAACGGCCACCGCAAGAAGGUCAACGCAGUUGCAUGGAACUGCGAUGGACGGAGGCUGGCCAGCGGCGCCGCCGACCGCAUCAUCCGCGUGUGGACGCCUGAGCCGCACUGCAACGUGACCAAGACGGAGCGCUCCGACGCCGAGUACGCCAGCCACAGCGACGCCGUGAGCUGCAUCGAGUGGCGGCCCGACCAUGCCGACGUGCUGGCCAGCUGCAGCAACAGCAAGAGCGACACCAACAUCAGGUUCCAUGACGCCCGCACCAACAAGCAGACGGCGGCUGUGGCGUUGAGCAACGAAAAGAACCAGUGUCUGUCCUGGUCGCCUGACGGCUUCAUGCUGGUGGUGACCACCUCCAGUGACGAGCUGGUGUUCAUAGACACACGCAAGAUGCGCAAGCAGCGGCAGUGGAGCAUGACCGGCCACAUGAAGAUGUCGGAGGUGCGGUGGGGCCCCACGCCCGGCAUGCUGACGCUGGCGCUGGACGACGGCAGCCUGCGCAUCAGCCCGCUGCACAAGCUGGACGCGCCCAUCUGGCGCCUGGCCAGCCACGCCAGCCACACCACCUGCCUGGCCUACUCCAAGGACUUCAAGCUGCUUGCCUCGGGCGGCUCCGACGCGCUGGUGAGCCUGUGGGACAUGGAGGAGGUCAUCUGCCUGCGCACCUUCUGCCGCCCCGACCAGUCCGUGAGGGCCAUGAGCUUCAGCAGCGACGGCGCCUGGCUGGCCUACGUGAGCGAGGACGGCUACGGCACCAUCGAUGUGGUGGGCACCGCAACAGGCGAGCUGGCUGCCACGCUCAACCUCAAGAGCUACUGCGAGUGUGUGGCCUGGAGCCCCGCCGCGCAGGUGCUGGCGUUCGGUGGCGACGACACCAAGGAGGGCUACGGCGCUGUCAGCCUGUGGGCGCCGCCCAAGGCAGCAGCCAGCUGAGGCGUCGGCGGUUGAUAAGGCGGCGCGGUAGCGGCAGGUGGAGGUGGGGGAGGCGGCAGAGGUGGAGGAGGUGGCAGGGAUGUGUAGGGCAGUGUGCAAGGAGUGCUCGCGCUCGCCAGCAGAGGCGGCAGGAGCGGUCCUGUGGCAGCGUGGCCAGCGGCGCUCACCGUAGCUAGGCGGUAUGCGGAUUGCACCAUCACGUCUUCUAGUAACAGGAGGAGGACGAGGAGGAAGGAAACGCAGAAGAAAGAAUGAAUUCACCUAAAUCUCAAGGGCUUAUCCCCAUUAAAGAAUGCUACAACAAGGGCGCACAAACUGGCCCUUCCAUGCCAUGACACAUUCCGAGCCUCUCAGCAUGUUAAGGUUCUGUGUCUAUGUGUUCUAUCGGCUUCCUCGACCAGCGCAGCGCCCAUGGCUAAUCGCUGCUGUUGACAAUUGAAAGCGUUGCCCGGCCAGCCACCGGCUCGUUAUCAACACUACGCCGUAUCGCAAACCUCAGGCGCCACUGCCAUUGUUGGCUGGCCACUGGUGCUGUGCCCUGCUGCGGCUGCUGACCGUGCAGCAGCCGCAGCUGCGGCCCUCUCUGCAGAGAGCCCCGCUGCCGCUCCAUGCGCCCCACCUGUUACAGCAGCGUUCCCUCACAGGCUAUUAGCCAUACACACGCGGCCGCCAGCUGCCGCCGCUGCUGCGCCAGCAAGCUCUGCGUCCCCCUCUCUCCUCCCAUGCUCCGAGCUGUGGAUCCCUCAUCCCGCGAAGCGCUGCUUCUCUCCGCCUACGCAUAUGCCAGCUGCUCCGCCCAGUCCGGGGCGCCUGCCGCCGUCCGCCGCUGCGCCGCCGCCUGUCGCCGGUGCGGGGCACUGCGCUGCGCUGCACCCCUCCACCCUAGCUGACCGCUGCGCUCACUGCGGCCCCGUCCAGCUCCAGGGGUAGCUGCGCUCCUGCGCCUUGGGCGCCCACGGCUGCUGCUGCUGCUGCGGGGCGGGCGGGUGCGGCUGCUGCGGCUUCUGCGCGGCUGCGGUCUGCGGCCGCGACACCACCACCUGCAUUGCAGGCAUGCAGGAGUGAUUAGGGCCAUCCUA